AUGAUCGUCACAUCCGGAAAGUCUUCAUUAUCAGGCCCUUGUCCGCAAGGAUCCCCAUGGAAGGUUCUAGCUGCGAGGCCGGAUCACCGGUUCCUGGCCGAGGUGCUUGGGCUGGUAUACUGUAUGGUGGGCGUGAAUGGUAAAAUCACCUCCAUCAGUGUUUCCGGUCAUACGGUCAGUCGGUUCGAAUAUGAAAUCACGGUCCUCUUGAAGAGCGGCUUUGACCUUGACUGGUAUCCGGCCUUUGGUAUGGGGAUUCAAAAACAACGGCUUUGGUGGCGUACACCGGAGCUCCUUCGAGACGAUGAGGCUUUGGCUUGGGCAAUCGUCCCCAAGAUUUCACCAUAG